CGGGAUGGGCAGUGUGAAGACCGCGGCGUCCCUGCAGCUCCCGGGAUCCCCGCACCGCGACCCGGCGCCCACCGCCUCCCAGCGGCGAGGCUGCGGGCGGGAGCGCCGCGGGCCGUGGGGUGACGACGCUCCUCUCUCUGCUUCCCUCCCGCAGAAGCUGGCGGUGCGGAGCUGCCCCGCGGCCGUGCUGGUUGGCGGCGGCUCCGGCGGCAGCGCCAAGCCCGGCGGCGUCCCGGCGCUCCUUAAGGCACCCGGCGGCGGCGGCGGGAGUCCCGGCGGCGGACCCGCGCAGAACCUGGCCAUCUCCGUCGUGCCGGCCAAGGCGCCCAUCGCGAUGGUGACGGCGCACCUGAACGGCGGGCUGGGCGGCGGCGGCGGCGAGCCCCCACAGAGCGCGCCCAUCAACCUGCAGACCACGGGCACUCGCCGCCCGCCCGAGCUCGGCGCCCGCGCCCAGACUUUGGGAACUAUCACUGCAGUGCCCAUUAAGGUUCCUCAGGUCAGCUCCUUGCAGAGGUUGGCAGGACAAGGACCAGCAGUGCUACCUCAGGUUAGGCCAAAGACCCUGAUUCCAGACAGCCUCCCUAUUUCCCCAUGCAGAGACCAACCAUCCAAGCAGCCUCCAACCUUCCAAAAGGCGACCGUCGUCAGCAUCAAAAAUCCCAGCCCUGCCCUCCCCACUGCCAACAACACCGUCAGCCAUGUAGAGACGCCUAACAGCCAGGCACAGAGCGUCACCGAUCCUACCCCUCUCUCAUCGCCUCUGAGCAGCGCCGGUGUGGCCUACGCCAUCAUCUCCACCUCCCCCAGCAAUGCAGCCCCUAUCAGCACCAGCGCUACUGUCUCUGUGGUCAAUGACAGCAUCAAAGUGCAGCCACUCCUCAUCAGCGCCGAUAGCAAGGUUAUCAUUAUUCAGCCUCAAGUCCAAACCCAGACAGAAAGUAAAGUGGAGACAAAGAAACCUCCUGAAGAGUCAGCUCAGGGACCCCCUGCUACCAAAAAGAAAAAGGAGGAAAAUCCAGAGAAAAUUGCCUUCAUGGUAGCAUUAGGACUGGUUACGACAGAACAUUUGGAAGAAAUUCAGAGCAAACGUCAGGAAAGGAAGAGAAGAAGCACAGCAAAUCCAGCCUAUAGUGGACUCUUGGAAACAGAGCGGAAACGUCUUGCAUCAAAUUUUUUGAAUAACCCCUUGUUCCUUUCAACAAGAGCAAAUGAGGAUCCAUUCUGGAAGAAUGAGAUCCACCAUGAUGAAUACUGCACUGCUUGCAAGCGUGGCGUUAACUUGCAGCCCUGCGGCACGUGUCCCAGGGCGUAUCACCUCAACUGCUUGGACCCACCCCUCAAAACUGCCCCCAAGGGGGUCUGGGUCUGUCCAAAGUGCCAACAGAAGGUGUUAAAGAAGGAUGACAAUGUGCCAUGGUCUGGAACUCUAGCUAUUGUUCACUCCUAUGUCACUCACAAAACAGUCAAAGAAGAAGAGAAACGAAAGUUAUUGAAGAGAAGCAGCGAGCUGAAGAGUGAGCACAGACAGUUAGAAGAAAAAGAUCGACUUCUUAACAAUGCAGUGAAGAAAUGCUUAGAGCUAAAAAGCAGCCUGUUAGCCCAGCAGAAGGGGACUCAGUCAUCGCUGGAACGUCUCCGAACCCUCAUUAGACUGAUACAAAACGAGCAGAUGAUUCAGGUUACCAUGACGACCACCACCACCUCGUCCCUGCUCACCAUGCCCUGGAUCAAGCCCUCCUCGGCCUCCGCCGCCAUGCACCAGACCUUGCAGCACUCGCAGGGCCACAACUGACCGGGCCGCCACAGGACAGCCAUGGAAGGGGGACAGACUUUGCACCCGGGCACGAAGAGAAAGGGGACACACAGAAGGAAAGAGCGGUCUCGGGGUUUAUAGCAUUGCAACUUGCAGGCCCGUCGGUCCCACCUGUAGUCGCUGUGGCGGCAGCUUCCCAGGGAGCGCAGCGCACUGCAGCGUUGUUUGCCGAGACCUUCAGUGCUUAUGAGAUUUUUUUUGUUGUUGUUAUGUUGGCCUUAAUGUACUUAUGGCAGGAUGAGCAGGAAGAGCAUGGCCGAUAGAAAGGAAGUGGAAUAUCCUUUUAGCGGGGAGCAGGCGGUUUUGCAGUUCUGCUCUAAGGGGGGAGAUUAAAAUGCAAAGAGUUAGUGAGCUAGUGGGUAUGUAGUUGGGCUGAGAGCUGUUUGUGGGAGGGAAAACGGUGACGUCAAAGGAAACUGAGCUACUUAGGACCUGACAUGGAUUCUUUAUCAGAGGAACGAGGUUGGCCCCAUUGACUCGGGCGAGCUGAAGCUGGGGCUGCUUUGACCAGAACGGACACUCACAGAGCCUUCGAAACAAAAGAUCCUUUUUUUCAGUAUUAUUAAAGUUGAGAAUUGCAGAUAUUUAAAUAAAGAAACUGUAUGAAGUUAGCAUUUCUAGUAAAAUAUUGAAGUAUUUUCAUGCUGAUGCUUCUGUAUAUGCGUUCCGAAGUAUUUAAAAAAGUAUGACUGUAAAACUCCUUACUUUUUUGCAGGUCCUUUUUACUUAUUUUGCUAUUGGUGUAUUUUUCUCAUGGAGUUUUUGUGCAAGAUUUAGCAUAAACCAUAAUAGUGGAUAUCUUUGGCAGAUUGGGUUUCGUUUUUUAAACAGAUUGUUUUGGGGUAUUUUGUUAGUAUUUGAUUUUUAUUUUUAUUUUUAAUUUCAAGAAAAAAGCAAAUAAAUAUUCUGCUUUUUUUGUUUCUUACCAGUACAGAUAAAAUGCCAAAAAGAUAACUUCACAUUUUUGUACUGCGUUUUUAUUGCUAAAAAUAUGUUUGUUUGUUUUUUUUAAUUAUUAUGAUUUUCCUUUUUGCUUGCGGAACUAUCUGCCAAAAUGGUACAGGAAGAAAAAAAAUAACUGCCUCAUGGGGUUGUUUCUCAUACUGAGUAAUAUCAAGAGCUUUGGGGGAGGGACGGGCUGUGGCAAAUUAUAAGAGUUUGUUGGUUGUUUUUUUCCUCUUUUUUUGGAAACUUGACUCCUAUUUAAGGUUCUGUUGGCUCUUAGCACACUGGGAAGUGCGUGGCAUUGGCCUGGCAAGCCUCGCACGCCUGCUGUUUCACCUGUAGUCUUCCUGACCCCACGGGUCCACCCGUCUUCCCCAGCCUCGUGCUGGACGGGGAGUGAAACGGGCACCCGGUUGUCUCAGCAUCACCCCCACCAGUUGCCAUCGCCUCUGUUGCUUAUGAGUUCUUCAUCAAUUGGUGCAACAGGUACUUGAGGAAAGCAGGAAGCCACCAGAGCACGGCACAAGGCUAGUCUCUCACAUCAGCAUAUCACAUGGUGCCGAAUAUCUUCUUUAUUUUUAGAAAAGCAGAACAAAAAAAAAAAAAAAAAAAAAAAAAACCCACACGUGAGGGACUGGCUUUUUCCAUCGCCCAUCACUAGGCAGCACAUGGUCCCUUCAACCAUUUUCACAACUCCGGGAGAAACUGUGCAGUACUAUACAAAUCUAUUUUAAUACACAACACUCGGUUGAACAAGAUUUUUAUAUUCUUUUAUCGAUGAACAAAGUGAACUAAGUAAAACACAAUUGUUAUACAUUGGUUAUUGUAUGCCUAUUAUGCAUUCUAACGUGGCUUGCAAUGUAAAUGUUUUCAGGUUUAAUGAUUUUUUUUUUUCCUUCCUUCUCAGACAAAUUAAAAAAAUGAAAAGUGCGAAUGGUUGAGUAUGUGAAGAAUUUCU